AGAGGUAAACCAGUCUCAGGACAAAGCACAUUUUCUGCAAGAGCCUCUCUGUGCCCAGCUCAGGUCUUUGAGGGUGGAGUUUGAAUGUUCUCCCUCUGUCUGCGUGGGUUUUCUUUUUCUUUUUUUUUUUUUUAAGCGUUUUUUUCUUGCCUGCAGUUUGUUUCGCUGACCCUAGAUGUCUCACAUUAUAAUAUCUCAGAGUGGUAAUAAUUUGCAUUCACAUAAAAAAAAGUGUCUUCGACAAUCACAUACAGAGUUGAGACCACGCCCUGCACUCUGCACCAUUUACUCCACUGCUUCUGCUUCUACAUCUGCUUAGCACAUUGAAAAAGAAAAAGACAUUUCAUGUCUGGUGCCUAGUUCUUUCUUUUUUUUUUUUUCUCUGGAGUUCAUACCACUUUUCAACCACAGCAUACCGCAACACAUUUUCUAGAAGAAGUUCUUUUAUUCGAUACAGCAGCUCAAAUCAACCAGGCAGCAGCUUCAUGCGAGUGAAUUACACCAACAAAACACCACCAGAUAACCAUGGACAAAGAUGGACAGAUGAUAAUAUUCUGUCUGCUUUUAGCAGCUGUUUGCAGUCCUGUGUUUAGUGGAGAAUGGAAGGCUACUGUUGUUAAAAACCUUGAUGCUCUCGUUACCUCCUGUGUGGUGGUGCCCUGUUCGUUCACCCAUGGUGGAGGACUGCUUCCGACCUCCAGACUCAGAGGACUCUGGCAUCGUCAAGACAAGUUUGAUCAAUUUAUCUAUCACGAGGAUCAGACAAGGGUCUUGGACAACUUUAAAGAGCGAACACAACUGUUGGGACGUCUGGGUGAAAACAACUGCACCUUGGAAAUAACUGAUAUGAAAGAUCAUGACAACGGUCCUUUCUGUUUCCGAGUUGAAGUAGUGCGUAAAGAGACCAAUGAACCCACCAAAGACAUGUUCUCCUUUGUUGAGGACUGUGUCCAGUUCAAAAUGCUCCAUGAUGCUCCAAAACCUGUCCUGACACCACCAAAGACAGCCAUUGAAGGAAAACCCUACACUAUCAUUUGCUCAGUCACACACACCUGUCCCUCCCAUCUACCUAAACUCACAUGGAACCGGGGCACUGAAGAAGACAUCACUGAGAUUCAUAAACAACACCAUGGUGGAAACUGGGAGGCAACAUCCACCUUAACGUUUGUAGCAGAGACCAAGGAUGACUACACUGACCUCACCUGCACAGCUGAAUUUUAUGGAGGAAAGAAGAAAUCCUCCUCAACUGUGACAGUCUAUGUAAAACGUGGUGUAAACUACAACCACAUCAUCAUUCCCACUGUAGUGGGGGUUGGCACUGCUCUGAUCUUUGGACUCCUCUGUGUUUUUAUGACAAAAAAGUACAAGAAACGCAUUCAAGAGCUUCAAAAUCAGGAUGGCAGCAUGUGGAACCGGCUGUCCAGGAUGUCUCGCAGGAUUCGUUCUCCAGGGCCACCGCGUUCGGAUCAAAGAAGAUCUAUUUGGAGCAGAUUUUCGAGAAGGCCUAAAGGUGACACAAUGGAGUUUGGCCAUGGACCCAGUAAUGUGACAUCAAAAUCUGACCAGAAAGUCUCCAAGCCUCGUUUCCCAUCCCCAAAAAGCCAGCCCAAAUCCUGCAAUUACAAAGAGGACCUUGACGACGGGGAUGAUUACAUGAACACCGCAGAUCUCAACGUCUAUGGAAACAUCUGAAAACCAAAGCUUUCUAAAAAAAAAAAAAGAGAGAGAGAGAGAGAUAUUUUGAUCGGAGCUAACAGCUUAUCUAGUAACGCAUCAUUUGCUUCUCUAUAGAUAUUCUAUCCAUUAUAUUAAUCUCUUCUAUGCUGCAAAAUAUUAAAUCCUGUAACCCAUA